UCCAGUUCACCUGUUCAGCCUGAGUAUGUCACAAUGCUGAUUGCAAGAGGCUUUCUUGGAAAGUCAGGAAAAAUGUCGGUAAAAGAUUCUGUAGAGAAAACAUGUCAAUCCUCAGUGUUAUCACAGGCACAAAUGAGAGCUGUGCCUCCUGCAAGUGUUACAGCUUCCGUUCCAGCUUUCAGAGUAUCUCCUUUUCCUUUCAGAUGAAUCUGCGUUCUGUAUUUACUGUAGAACAGCAAAGGAUAUUACAGCGUUACUAUGAAAAUGGAAUGACAAAUCAAAGUAAAAAUUGCUUUCAGCUCAUUUUACAGUGUGCACAAGAAACUAAACUGGAUUUCAGCGUGGUCAGGACGUGGGUUGGCAACAAGCGGCGGAAGAUGAGCAGCAAGAGCGCCGUGGAGUCUGGGGGCACCCCCCCGGGGACUGCCCCUGCCACUCCCUCCGUGCCCCCCGAAGCAGCAGUGAGAAACGUGGUAAACAUUGCUCGAUCCCAAAGCCAGCAGUCCUCUUGGACCUCUUCUAACAACGACGUGAUAGUGACUGGUAUCUACAGCCCGGGCAGCUCCUCGGGCCGGCCGGGAGCCGCCAAGCACAUGAACGCCUCCAUGGCAGAGCUGCACAAAACCUCCAUCCCCUGGCUGCCGGGCAAGAGCGACGCAGACUUCCAGCAGCAGCACAUCCCUCUGGGACGGCAAGUACCCCACUGUAAAAACGCCUCCCUCUUAGUGGGGGAAAAGACCAUCAUUCUGUCCAGGCAAACCAGCGUGCUCAAUUCUGCCAACUCCAUCUACAGUCACACGAAGAAAGGCUCCUCGGUGCAGACGGCGGAGCUGGUGUUACCUCAGAAGCCCAUGAUCUGCCACAGGCCCUGCAAGGCCGAGCCCCUGGGCUGCCAGCGCCUGCACAAAGCCGGGCCGGCGGCGCAGGCGCCCCCCGGGCCCAGGGCUCAGCCCCGGGAGCCGGCCUGCGGCGGCCAGAACCUGGAGAUCCGCGAGGUGUUCUCGCUGGCCCUCACCGAGCAGCCCCAGCGCCUGCUGGCGGCCGGCGGCGCGCACAAACCCGCCCCGGAGGGCGGCUGCCUGUCCAUCGCCAUGGAGACGGGCGACGUGGAGGACGAGUACGCCCGUGAGGAGGAGCUGGCCUCCAUGGGAGCGCAGAUCCAGAGCUGCUCCCGCUUCUGUGAGGGCGGCGGCUCCGGCCAGAGCCGCGGCGGGGGCUGCGGGGCGCAGCUGGGCAGUGCCAGGGACGUGCCCGACAACCUCCUGUACCACAGCAGAGAGUUCCAGCUGCCUGCGCGGACCUCAUUGCACACAGCACCCAGCACCAUUUACAACACCAACAGCGCUGCCAGAAGUACCUUUUCUCCUCAUUUUACAUCUUCAAGUCAACUGAGGCUGUCACAAAACCAAAAUAAUUACCAGAUUUCAGGAAACCUUACUGUGCCUUGGAUUACAGGUUGUUCCAGAAAAAGAGCAUUACAGGACCGCACACAAUUUAGUGACCGAGACUUAGCUACCCUAAAGAAAUACUGGGACAAUGGCAUGACCAGCCUGGGCUCAGUCUGCAGAGAGAAAAUUGAAGCUGUGGCUGCAGAAUUAAAUGUUGACUGUGAAAUAGUUCGGACUUGGAUUGGGAAUCGAAGACGGAAAUAUCGUUUAAUGGGGAUUGAGGUCCCACCCCCUAGAGGAGGUCCUGCUGAUUUCUCUGAUCAAUCUGAAUUUGUUUCUAAAUCAGCACUUAAUCCAGGAGAGGAAACUGCUACUGAAGUGGGGGAUGAUAAUGAUAGGAAUGAUGAAGUAUCAAUCUGCUUAUCUGAAGGAAGCUCACAAGAAGAGACAAAUGAAGCUCUUCAAAAUGAAGAAAUUGGCCACAAAGAUGAUGACCAGAAUCCAGUUUCCACUGAUAAUGUGAAAAUCGAAAUUUUAGAUGAUGGAGAGAGUGAUCUGACCAGCAAUUCUGAAGUGGAUCAGAUGAGUUCUCUUUUGGAUUACAAGAAUGAAGAAGUCAGGUUCAUCGAGAGUCAGCUGGAGAACCACAAACAGAAAUAUUUUGAGCUGCAGUCGUUUACCCGGAGUUUGAUACUUGCAAUUAAAUCAGAUGAUAAGGAACAGCAGCAGGCUCUGCUUUCAAACUUACCUCCUGAACUUGAAGAAAUGGAUUUCAACCACACAUCCCCGGAGCCCGACGAUACCUCAUUCAGCCUCUCAUCCCUGUCAGAGAAAAACGCCUCAGACAGUUUGUGAUGGCUUUUUUUUUGUGGAAAAGACAGAACAGACAGCCCACAGGAGGUGCAGGGUUCAGGGGACAGAGAGGCUUUUGCUCUGCAGUGUUCUCAGCCCAAGGGAGGCAGCCUGUGCUGCAGGGCAGCUCCUCCCAGCCUUGCAGUGCCCAGGAAUUUGGGAAUGCUGGGUUUGGAAAAGCAAAGAACUGCCUGAGGGAAGGGUUCACUGGUAGCAGCUUGGGUAGGAUUAACUUGGACUCUCCAGUACAACUCUGGCUCUGUAGCAAAGUCUUUUUGAGCAGGAGUGGGAAACAAAUGUCGUGUCACACACAGCGAAUUCUCCAGCUCCACGUGCUCCCCAGGCCUGUUUAUUAUAUUUUUCCCCAUUUUUACUCAGGUAGGUGGACUAAAAAUUGGGGAUCCAAAUAGAAUAACAGGCUUUCUCUGAGUUGUGCUUGAAAACCUGAAAUUAAACUGAAGUGUUUUCUGUUUUCUAACUUGAGAUUGUUAAAUCUUCCAUUUUUCUGACCAAAAUAGCUGAAAAAACCUUGAAAGGCUAACUGAAAAAAAUGAAUUAUUGUUAAUAAAUUAUUAAUGCAAGGAAGCAGUGAUAAGUGUUGGAAGAAAUGAGGUGGAAAUGGGAACCCUGAUAGCUGCAGGACACAACUUCCUAGCACAGUAGCAAUGGGAUUGGAUGUUUACACUCAUUAGAGUUUAAUGAUUGUAGUCACAGUUCUUAUUUGUCAAAGCCUGAAUGCUAAAGUUCUUAUUAUUAUUUUAAGUCUUGGUUAAAUAUUUUUCCACAAACUUUGCUCCAGUUUACCGAGCCAGUCAGAAUUCCACAGCUGUCAUUGCAUGCUGAAAGGUUUUCCAGUGAGUUUUGCAGGUCUGGUGUGAAGCCCUGCCUGGUGCAUUUUUUGGCAAGUGCCAUUUCUAAACUGUGAUCUCGAUUGCAGGCAGGGGCUGAACUGAGUUUCUUCCUUCCCAGAGCUGUUGGCACUGAAUCCCUUCACUGCUGUGGUGGAAUGGAUGGCAGAGAUGUUCAGGUGGACUCAGUGGGGUGUGUUGGUGUCCAUGAAUGCCUGGCCCUGGCAGUGGUGACAGGCUGGUGACAGCCCAAGGCAGGUCUCAGUCCUGGAGCUCUUUUCCUCCAGGAUGGUUCUGUGGAUGCUGCAGGUGCCUGCCCAUGGCAUUGAUGCUCCAAUUCCAGCCUGGGUAUCCCUCACCAAGCAUUUUUCACACUGGUACUUCAGUCUGGUAAAAAACCUAAUCUUCCCAUUUUAAGCCAAAUAAUAAUUGACUCUGGGGAAUCCUUGUUCAUGCAGUGAGUAAUCCCCUUCAUUUCAGUGGGAGGUCCAAGGUGUAGCUCAGAAAAUCCAGAGUGUUGGGGAAAUAUUUACAUCUCUCUUUUCUUUAAUGCUGGGAUUAAACUGGGGUUUUAGGGUUUUCUCAGUCUGAUCAGUUCCUCCCUAAUCACUUGUACAGCUCUUUUUGUUUAGAAUCAGUAGUGAGCUCUGUUCUUUCAGGUUUUUAGUCUCUCCUCUCCUUGGGCAUGAGGAGCUUUUAGCAAUACUGUUAAAUACCAGCUGCAGAAAGGGCAGGAACAGCUUUAAAAGGUCUUCUGAAAAACCAAAAGUCUGUUCUGCCCCCUGUACAGUUCUGUAAAUCCCCAGCAGAGCUUCCCUUCCACAGAGAAAGCCCAGAGUUCCAAGCUGCUGUGUGUGAGUUGAGGCAUUAAAACUCAGAGUAGAGAUGGAGUUUGUGAGCAGAGCUGACAGUGCUGUCCUUCACAGGGGGGAUAGAGCUGAGCUGGAAUUCUGCUUGCUCUGAAAAACUCAUUUAUAAAGGAUGUUCUAUGCCAGGCUGACAAUGGUUCCUAUUGCUGUUCUCUAGACAGAAAAUUUGUGCCACUGACAAUGAAACUUCUUGUUUUUUGUGAAAUCUAAAAAAAUAGUGCUGGGAUUUGCCACUAUUUGGUCCCUGUUUUCCUGCUUCUUCCACUUGAAUUCCCAUGACAGAGGGCAGGAUACUCUUAACAGGAGUUCUCAAUUUCAUGGUCAAUGAAAUCAUCCACCUUCCUGCAAGAAAAACUUCCAUUCAUGAUUCCUAUUUUGCUGUCUUGCUGCUAUUUCAUAUCCAAACAAAUAGAAGGGAUGAAUUUUGAAUGAACUGUUUGCUAGAUACAAACAAUUGUGUCAGUCCCUGUUCUCCAGGAAUCUGGAAUCCUGCUGGAGAGAAGAGCAGGCGAGGGGGAUGUUCUGUGGGGAGACAGAACACAGCCUGGGACACUUGACAACACUACAGGAUCAUCAGGAAAAACAGUAUAAAUUAUACCCCUGAGUAACAGAAUCUGGGAAGGAAGAUGCUCCACAGCUCCUUGGCUGGGUUUCUUUCAGUAUCAGUGUGGAUUUCCACCAAAAUCUAAUGACUGUUACCAUUAGAGGUGGUUAAAUGUUGGUGGAGAGCAGUGAGGGUGGCUCUGGGGUGGGUUUGGGUUCAGGGUGUUUCCCCUGUCUGUAGGAUGGUAAAAAACUGCAUUUAGUGCAGUUCAUCAUUUCAUAACCUCCCACAGGAGAUAAAGCUCGCCCUGUGCUUUCCAGGGUGACAGAACCCAGCCCCCUUUCUGCUCAGUGAGUGACUAAUGUGAAUUAUGGUGGUUUUGUCACCUUUCUGUGGCCAUGGGUCAGUGUUUGACCAUCCUUCAAAGUCUCUCAUUUACUUUGCCCAUGAACAGUGACUUCCCUGGUGUUGUUCAUUCCUAAAGCAUCCGUGGGAACAUCAGUGAUGUCUUUCUGAAGAAGCCCAGGUGCAAAAAUGGCCCAGAGCAAACACUUUACCCAGAGGCAGGACAGGCUCUCCCUGGGGAGCUGCUUUUGAUGCUGGACAGUUUGCUCAUGGUUAAAAUCCUGUUUCCUGGAGCUCUGCCUCCUUUCCUCUUCCUGCAGGUGAUGCUUCAGUCACAUCCAUAGGUCUGACAGGAGUAACAGUAUCAGGAAAUACUCCAAUAAAACAAUAAAUACUCCAGUAGGUGAAUUUGGGGCAGGUUAAAGGUCCCUGAGCAGAUGAACCUAAGAGGUUUCUGGAGUGCCUGGCCCUGGAGGCAGCUCUGCACUUUAAUCUCUCCAAGUAUUUCUUUUCACUUAGGCAAUAAAAGGUCUGAAAUGAAGGAUUAGGGGCUGUGCAGCCCUGUGAGUGAGGAAUGUCCUGGUUCUUUCUUCCCUGAGGGGAGAAGCUGUGUCUGCUGCUGGGCUCAGACAGGGGAGUGAUGAACAAACCAGCAGCAUCAAGGACAUCCUGGCUUGGGAUGGAUCUGCCCUGGCCUUUGGGAUCUGCUGUGACCCUGAACAGCAGCUCUGCACAGUCUGAGCUUCCCCUCAGUCACUGCUGGCCUCUGCUCUCGGGGUGCUGCUGCUGUGAGGAGGGACAGGAACGUGCAUGAAGGGAGCAGCUCAGAAUUCCUGGCACUGGGACAAUUCACAGCUUGUUCCAGCCCAAAGCUUGAUGUGCAGCCCUGCCCAGCUCCCCCAGACCAGGGGCUGAAGGGCUGGAACCUGGCUCAGACUCUGCCUUUCCUGCCCCAAAUCCUCCCAGCUCAGCAAAGUUAGGGAGUGAGGAAACUCCACCUGGCUGCCAGAGAACAUGAGCUGCAUUGUGGGCCUUGAUUUCUUUAAUCAAGAACUUUUUACCACACUGACCACAUGUGAAAUCUGAAAAUCUGGGGGAAAAAAUAAUAGUCAGAGAGCAGCACUACAAAAUAGGUGUUUUCCAUGGAAGAACAGGAAUUUAAUCUGAGUAUUUAUUGCUCUGGAAAGCAGCAGCUGCUUUGGUCAGAACAGAAACGGGGCAGAGCCUUGGGCUUGUGGAGGUUCUUUUCCCCCAAAGGAGUAAAUCCUCUUGGCUGAAGGAGCUGUUCAGGGAUGUUCCUGGAAGGAAAACAGUUCAGGUCAGUGCUUUGGCUCUGGGAACAGUUUCCCAUGUCACUGAACUAAGUCAAUAACUCUUUUCCAGCUCUGAUUUACAUUUUACACAACACUACCUCUGAAACGUGACACCCCUUAAACCCACACAGAAAAUGUGAAUCUAGGAAAUUUUUUUAACCUUUUAUAGGCAAUAAAUUAUUCCCAUUGUGCAUCCUUCAGUUUGUGCUUGGUUUUUGCUGAGUGUGAGCCAUCACUUUGUUUUUGUUUCAGUGCUGUUUUUCUGUAUUUGUGUUCAUCACAGUCUGUGGAGAAGGAAAUAAUGGGAUAUUAGGGAGAAAAACUUAGCAUAUGUUAAUGGGAGAAAAUAUUUCUGUUAAAGCUGAAGGAUGAUGGGGUGGCUGUGCUGGUUUUGGUGCAGUUACUGUGAGAAAUUGGUAUUAUCCUUAAUUCUGGUGUUAGUGAUUGUUGGAACAUUGCUCAGUGCAUCAGAUGACUUAAUCUGAGAGAGCAGUCAGUGAUCUCAGCACUGUAAGGAAAAGGAUUUUACACUUCCUGAGACAUCACAGUUCAUAAAUACCUCGGCAGAUUUUUGUUUCAGUUGUUUCCUUUUUUUGGCAUAACUUCAUAGAGACCUUGUAGAAAGAAUUUUGAAGUGUUAAAUGAAAAUGGGUCAGUAACAAACUGAGGUCAAAUGUAGAUUUAGACCAUGUUUGUAUUCAGGUUUCAUCUGAAAAGAGUUCCUUGAAUUUCCCCCAUCACAUUUCUCUCCCUGGAGUGCAGGGGAAGGGUGGCAGGAUGCACAAGGGGGAUGGAGAGAAGGAGGCACAAGGAGGCAGAAAUGAAGGUUCUGGGUUUUAAUCAAGAUAAUUUCAAUAAAUUAAAAGGUUUCUGUGCUGUGGAAAACAAGAGCUUCUGCUUUGUCUGCAGAUUUUGUGAAAUACAGUUCAAAAAGUCAUUGGCAAAUCCACUGAGUUGUGCUGGGGGAAAACUUUCUUCUCCAGUAGGAAUUUUAUCAUUUCUGGGGUUGUUUCUGGAAUUACUGAGUGUGUGUGAACACUCAGGUGCAGAUUUACAAUGUGCACAGACACACUGAACUUGAUCACAGUAGCUCUACAAAGGUAUUUUAACUUGAAAUGUUAAUGGAAUUCUUCUCAAGUAGAUUUCAUUUGCUCUUAUUUUUCUGUCUUGCUGCAUAUCAAUUGCAUAGUUCUGAAAAUUAGUCAAAUACAUCCAUACAAAAAUGGUUUAUUGUUUAUGUCCUUGCAACUGGUAACUUUCAGGCUUGGAAAUUUAUGAAAAUGCCCAUAAUGAUAUUUCUAAGUAAUUUUGGCAAAUAAAUAAACUGCUGUAUUUCUGAAGAGAUCAUGAAUCUUCUGCCACAAUAACUUCUGCUUUAUUUUCACUGUAGGAAUCAGUUUCAUUUUUAAAAAAUUGAAAAUUAAAUAUUACUGUAUAACUUGGAUGUUUUCCUUUGCCUGCAAAACAGGAUAAUUGAUGAUUUAAAAUCUUUUAUCAUUUCCUUCUGGGCCAAUUCCUUAAGCUUUGUAACCUGAGCAUAUUCCUGAGUUUCUGUGUGAAAAUCUUUAUUUAUAUUGCAUUUUUAUGAUUUGUAUCAGUAUGUGUAGCAAAGAAACUACUACAAACCUUCAACUGAAGUACCUCCACUAUGGUCCAGGACACCUGAUCUGGGCAUUUUGAGUGCCAGAUGCCCAGAGAAACAGUCCAGACAUUUGUAUUGAGUUGGUUUUCUGUGUAUAUAAAGGGUAUUUAUAAUCUUGUAUUAACAGAGUCAUCAUUGGAAAUGCUGAUUUCCUGCUUUAGAAGCCUGCUCAGCUAUUUUUAUAAAAAACGUUGGUCUUCGCCUUAAUUUUUUUUUUUUUUGUGAAAAGUUGUGCCAUAGAUAUUUUAACUUAUCCACAGAUCCUUGACAGAGUUUGCUUUGACUUCUGUUAAUUAAUUAUUUCUUCCUCAAACUGUCCUAAUUUGUUUUUUCUUCCAAAUGCAUCUCAAGGUUGAUUUGCUUUCUUAAUUUUUUUUUUUUUUGAAGAUCCCUUCAUCUGCAUGCUUUGGUAGCUCGAGUUUUUCCUCUGUAGUUCAUUGUUUAUAGUUUAGAAGAACCUUUUAUUGAAACCCCCUGAAGUAAUGCUUGUACAAAUGUAUUUAGGGUGGCCCAGAUGGUCAGAGAAAAGGGCUAUUUAGCAUUGGUAAAUUUGUCUACUGACUCAAGGAUAUUUUUCUACGUCUGUCAAGUUUGGGACUAUGGAGAAAUGAAAUAAAGGUGAA